AUGGCGACAAUGCAUGCAGGCGUCAAGCGGUCUUUCCAGGACAUGAACAGACCUAACUCAAAGGAACCUCUUAUCCACCAAGUCCCGAAGUCAAGAGAAUCCAGUGCGACGCCCACACCUCCAAACGGACCUGCAUCAAAUGUCGGAAGGCUCGAAUCGCUACCUCGGAAGAUCGCGUUCAAGUCGGAUGCCUCAGUUCUGCUCAUCGGCGUUCGAGGUGUAGGCAAAAGCUCUCUUGGAUUUCUCGCUGCUACCGCUUACUCAAGACGCAUGAUCGAGUCUGAUAGAGCCUUUGCAGAAGCCGCCGGAUCAUCCAGGACUGUGUACCGAAAACUACAUGGCCCAGCAGAAUACCACAGGAAGCACUGCGAAGUCUUGAAGCAACUUUUGACAGCUCACGGCAGGCAUGCUGUGAUCAUUUGCAGUUUCGCCGACCUCGAAAGCGACGGUGCCAAGCUGCUCCAAGAGUUCGCUCAAUCCCAUCCUGUCAUAUACGUGACGAGGGACGUACCUGGAAUUUCAACUUACAUCCGCGUCUGGACGGAAGAGAGGAUUCAGGACUUGAUUCGUGCAAGCGAGGCUUUGUUGCGAGAAUGCUCGAAUUAUGAAUUCUUCAAUGUCAGCGAAUUGCUUGACAAGGAUGCCUCGCACGAUGGCAAAACUCCAUACAGCAGGACUGUGAACGGGCCGUUCCUUACUCUGAAGCGUGCGGAACAUGAUUUCCUCAAGCUGUUGCGAAAUAUCAUUGGAGACCACGACAGAGGCAGAUCACAUCAAUCCGCCUAUCCACUAUCGCAAAUCAGCGUCGACAAGCUGGAGUUCACCUCUGCCGUGACAUUAUCCGCAGAGGACGUCGUUGCCCAUAGAUUGAACCUGGACGAUGCGCAAAUCGGCGUAGAUGCAGUGCAACUCGAUGUUAGCACGAGCCCGCGAAACAGCGAUACUUGGAAACUUGGGAAACACAGCUGCUUCAACCUGGUGAGCGAGGCUUUCGCGAAUUUGAGACGUUCGACAAUCUUGCCCAUUACCAUCGUAGUGGCGAAAGAGGAGGAUUCCAAGAAGUCCAAGCAAGUGAGCAGGUCUCAAUUGCUCGAGUACUGUCUUCGUCUGGCACCGGAGUACUGCGCGCUGGAUCUUACCUUGGAAGAUAUCCAGCUGAAGUACCUUCUUGCGACCAAGGGAAGGACCAAGAUCAUUGGCGAGUUUCUGGCUUCUCAACGCCUUCAUGAUGGUUGGCAGAGCCAGCAGUGCUUGGACAUCUAUCGAAAGGCCCAAUCUCUCGGGUGUGAUUUGGUGAAGAUUACAAUGCCUGACGGAACGCUCGCAGACAACUUCGCCAUCCAAGCAUUCCAGCAGCGUGUGCAGAGUCUACAUGCAGGUCAUGGCACACGUCUGAUAGCGUACUGCACGGGCAGGCAAGGACGAACAUCAAUGUGCUUCAACAAUAUCUUAACGCCAGUCGCUGCACCAAACAGGCCGAUCGACAUUACCAUUGAAAGGCCCAGAGUCGACGCACUACCCCUUGUCACUGCGAAAGAACGGAACGAAGCAUUGUUCGCAAGCUUUGUACACGAGCCGAUGCGAUUCUUCAUCUACGGUGCUAAUGUGAGCUUCUCGCUCUCGCCAGCGAUGCACAAUGCAGCGUACGACGCUUGCGGCAUGCCACACUCGUACAGAACGCACUCCGCAUCAACGCUCGAAGAUUUCGUUGCUCUUGUGAGGGAGCACGACUUUGGCGGUGCAGCCAUUGUGCAGCCGUUCAAGACGAAGACGCUCACGAUGAUGGAUCUGCUCAGUCCUCAAGCCAAAGCGAUCGGGGCCUUGAAUACAGUCAUUCCCCUCAGGAACGACUCCGUUAUCGAGUCUGUUUCCAGCGAGGUUGGUAUCUUUCGUGAACGCAACCGAAGUGGCCCGGUCAAAGCUCUUUAUGGCGACAACACAGAUUGGAUUGGCAUACGAGCUUGCAUUCGGCGUGGCCUCUCUCCCGCAAAUACCGUUCGCCCGUCAAGUACUGGUCUUGUUUGCGGCGCUGGUGGCAUGGCUCGCGCUGCUAUAUAUGCCAUGAUCUCGCUCGGCGUACAGAACAUCUUUGUCUGCAAUCGCACGAAAGGCAAUGCAGAAGAACUGGCUGAGCACUACAACCGCCUGAUUCGCACGAACGAGAUUGCAGAACUCAGCCCAUCAAGCGCUGCGACCACUGCAGUCAUUCCUUUGGCAUCGUUCGAAAGCGAAUGGCCACCAAACAUGCGCCAUCCAACCAUGAUCGUGAGCUGCAUCCCAACCCAAACAGCUGAUGGCACACCGACCAACUUCACAUUGCCCAAAGACUGGCUUGGCAGUCGUACAGGUGGCGUCGUCGUAGAGCUGGCGUACAUGCCGAUUGUGACGCCUCUGGUCCGACAAAUUCAGAGCGAAGGCCGUAAAGGCUGGAUCUUGAUGGACGGUCUCGACAUGCUUCCCGAGCAAGCGUUCGCUCAGUUCGAGCUGUUCACUGGCCGACGAGCUCCGAGGGUGCUGAUGAGGGAUGAGGUUUUCCGUCAUUAUAGCGAGGAGGAGGGAUACCCGCCGCAUGGCGCUUUGAAUACGGAUUCUCCAACGCAUUCGUGA